UACCCCUGAAAAGCCAAGCGGCGGGUCGGUUUGUAUGGUCUUGGUCACGUGACAGUAUGUAUCGGCGAAUGUGUAAUCACAAUCUCCCUGACCUGCGAGUGAAGGACAGUAUAUAGGACGGGCCUCAACACUAAUCUACAGUAAACUGAAUACAUUCAAUGUCGACUCUAUUGGGUGUCGAUCCAUUUACAAGCGCCCCGACUUGUGUGGACAUCCUCUGAAGAUGUUGAAGGUUUGUGAACAGAUCUGGGGACAUUUGCAGAUGACUUAGAUCAGACUGUUAACUUGUAUAUCAACUGCAUGAUAUGGACAAUUACUCUUCAAUUACAUUGGACUUUCUAGCUGAGCAAAAUACAUCAUCCGUGUUGGGUAUAAACUUGACAGUUCCAUAUCGUAAAAUUGAACUGAAACACGUAGUUUGAUAAAACAUGUCUCGGCAGACGACAUUUGUCCGGCGUUCUUGAACAGACGACACAACCCUAGUUUAACACUUGACACUCCAUGCGGACUGGACCCAUUUGGAUAUAGGUAGUGCGUUUGUGUCACUGAUGACAACGGAUAUAUAGUGUUCUGUCGGAGCAGACGACAUUGCUCUGAUUGCAAACAUUUGGGAUGAUACCCACCCAGACGGCGCAGAGUCCCGAUAGGCCAGGGGAGGGCGGACACCCAGACGAGUGGACGACAGACAGCGAGGACACAGAGGUCGUGACCCCUGGCGAGAGCGACAGGAACCCCUUGAUAGAUGGCCAACACCCUCAUACCGCCAACCCCCAGACCAGACAGUUACUUAAACAGGAGAAGAAAGAAAAGAAGAAAAUCCGAAACAAGAAGAUCAGGAAGCGUAUUCGCCGAGUGUUCCGCACCAGCUGGAAGUGGUUUCGACGGGGCUGCAUUGGUUUGGCUCCAGCAGUGGCGGGAAUAGGAACUGCCUUUGGUCCCGUCAUCAGGCCGCACGCCAGCGCCGCCACCGGCUAUUCCGUGUAUGGGGGCAGGGCGUAGGAUGGGGGACGACAUAUUGUGCUCUUGCGUAUAGGUUGAGAAUGACGCUUGAGUGUUGGCGACAAUUGGGUUUGGGGUUCAGACAUGACCCGGGACUGAGGUCAUGUGAAGGUUGAGCCUAGAGUGGGACUGACGCCAUGUCGUGUGGCCAAACACAGGGCGGGACUGAGGCCAUGUGAAGGUUGAGCCUGGAGUGGGACUGACGCCAUGUCGUGUGGCCAAACACAGGGCGGGACUGAGGUCAUGUGAAGGUUGAGCCUAGAGUGGGACUGACGCCAUGUCGUGUGGCCAAACACAGGGCGGGACUGAGGUCAUGUGAAGGUUGAGCCUAGAGUGGGACUGACACCAUGUCGUGUGGCCAAACACAGGGCGGGACUGAAGUCAUGUGAAGGUUGAGCCUAGAGUGGGACUGACGCCAUGUCGUGUGGCCAAACACAGGGCGGGACUGAGGUCAUGUGAAGGUUGAGCCUAGAGUGGGACUGACACCAUGUCGUGUGGCCAAACACAGGGCGGGACUGAGGUCAUGUGAAG